AACCAUGUGAAAAUAUUUUUUGUGCCUGAAAGAGGUGCCAACGAAUAAUAUUUCUGAUCAAGUAGGUUAAGGAUUGUACUUUUCCAAGCAAUAAAAAAAACAUUGUUGAAAUUUUUUCUGAGUUCUGAACGAUAUCAGUGAAGUUCAGUUGGUUUUACGCCCUUCGUUGGACUGCUGUUUCGGAUCACAUCAUUGAAUAAUUGAUACCUACCUACAAUGAAAAAAAUUGUUAUCUUUGGAGGCACCGGCAUGACUGGUCAGUGCACAGUUAAGUACGCACUUGAGAAAGGACUCCAAGUGCGUGUUAUGGUACGCAGUGAAUCCACUGUUCCGGAUUCAUUCAAAGAUCAGGUUGAAUUGGUCAAGGGUGAUGUUACGAAUGUCGACGACGUUACGAAAGCUAUUGCCGGGCAAGAUUUGGUCUGCGUUGUGCUAGGUACCAGAAACGAUUUGAAGCCAACGACUGUACUGUCUACGGGAAUGCAACAUAUCAUAGAUGGGAUGAAGGCGCACAACCUUCGGAAAGUUUCCAUCUGUUUAUCAUCGUUUUUAUUUUUCGAGCCCGACAAGGUACCAAAGAUUUUUGGAGAUCUGAAUGCUGACCAUCAACGUAUGUUGGAGGUUGUUAAGAAAUCGAACCUGGAUUAUAGAGCAAUCUUGCCACCGCAUAUUGCAGAUGAACCGCACGCAGAAUAUGCCUUUGCAUAUGAUAAAUCGCCGGGUUUUUCUCGUUCGAUAUCCAAGCUGGACCUUGGGAAAUUUCUUAUCGAGUCGUUAUUCGACGAGCAGCAUUCCGGAAAAGUGAUUGGAAUCUGCACAAAGCCAAAAUGCUGAGCGUAGUGAAUGUUACGACACUGAGUUUAGGAUUUUUUCAAUAUGCUGUUUUUAUUUCCUCGGUUGAUAUGUUUAUUGAGUGCAUAGAAAAAAUCAAAUCACACAUACUUUCAUUUUCUGUUAGUGGAGAUUCGACCGUUUUGGGCUUAUUAUUUUCAAUAACAUUUAUUGUAUUGAUGUAAACAACUUGUCGUAUAUUUUUCAAUAGUUCGUCUAUGGUAGGUGGUUUUACUGGAGCUUUACCAUGAGGUAUUUUGUUCACUGGUUGGUGUUGAUUGCUUGAACCUAUUUUGUACAUAUUCUCUGAUCCUGGAACUAUCCAAUCAGACAGUACUUUUUUCAUCCAAUGUUUUCUACUGCCAGUUUUUCUGGAUAAAUCCGUUCCGAAUAUAUUGAUAGCUUUGCAGAAAAUGUAUCCCAGCUUGGCGUAGAAAACUUCCUGCCCAUCGGUAGCCAGGUAUACAUUGUCUAUGUUGAGCGUGUUACUGCAAUAUUUUUCCGCUUCAGUUACCAGAUAUGUACCUAUUCCGCGUCCUCGAUAGCGCUCGUCUACAACUACCGAUUCAAGAUAAGCAGCAUUUGUGUCUGCAAGUACGGGGGAAAGUUUUGCAUGGCCAAGUACCGUCUGCUCUCCGUCGAUCAGUUGUGUUAUGACUAACGAUAUGGGAAGUGAGUCACUCGAAAACUCAAAGCUCCAAAACCGUGCCAUCCUUGAUCGUGGCCACUCGUUAUUUAUCAAACGAACACAUUGCUCCUUUAGCUCUGGAUGAUUGUGUAUCGGUACAACCAUGAAUGGUUCGUUUGAAGUUGGCGGUGGUGGACCCUGUGAAUAUUUUUUUUUUAUUAAGAAACUUCGACGUUUGACAGGUUCAUGCAAUUCAAAGAGUGAAUAAAUUAUAUAUUUUUAUUAAA